GGCUGCCCGGACAGGGGCGGGGAGGGAAGAGGAGCGUCCGGACUCCGCUUGUGCGUGGCGGGGGAUCUCGGAGGGAAGAUGAGCGCUGAGACGCUGACCCUGGACUGCAUCAUCCACCUGUUCUCAUACCUGGAGCCACCGGAUCUACUCAGAGCAGCCCAAGUGAAUAAGACAUGGAAUGAAGCUGCAGAGACCUCUUCUCUUUGGAGAAAUAUGUGUCUAAGACGAUGGGCCUUCUGUAAUAUCUCAGUGAUCCCAGGAAUGCAGACAUGGAAAAAGUACUAUCUCCACCGCUCUAAUCUUGAGCAUAAAAAGCUAUCUGGACGACCUUCAGUUGACUACACAUGUAAAGCGAUGAGAGGACAUACAGGAACAAUAACUGGUAUGGCUUACCUAUCAGAGAACGAACACACAUUUGCAACAGGAAAUGUCAAGUCUGUUGUGUGUACCACUUCUUCCGAUGGCACAGUCAGGGCAUGGAACGUCCAAGAGGGUACAGAGAUUUGGUCAAGUCCCCAGCAGGAAAAUGGACUGCAAAACAUUGCCACAUUUCCUUCAUAUAAAUUGGUGACUACAAUAGACUGUCGUGGGAUAAUCAAACUCUGGCAUGGAGAGACAGGGGAAGAGCUUGCAACCUUUUCAGUAUCAUCCUCAUCAUGCUCUGUGGUUGUCUACACAAUAAACAGCAAGCCAUUCUUAACGGUAGGCACCGAAGGAGGUAAACUCUAUACAUUAGCAGCUGCCGAUUUAAGCCAAAUUUCAUCCACACAACUGUUCCAAAACUGUGGCAUAGAUUCAUUACUUUGUUCACCCAAUGGUCUAUGGAUAGUUGCUCGUCCUACAGAUAAUGCUUUACCACCAAAGGUGGUUUAUACACAUUCUGCAACUAAUUCUGUAGAUGAUGAACAGUUAUCUAGUCCUCUUCCGAUCAGAGGGCAGUGCCUUGACACCUGCUGGUUACCAGCAGAACCAGCAAGAGUAGCAGCACUGCAUGAUGAAGAGACGAAUUGUCACAUUGUGAGCUUAGAUAUACACAUUGAGAAUAAGUCUAAAUAUAAAAUGAGUAUUACAGCUCAACAGGUUGCAGACUUCACGUUACCAACACAACUACGGAUUGGAGAGACGAUUAUGAAAGGAUUUGGCAAACAAACUAUUCUUUUAGCAACUGGACCAGAGCUGAAAUUAUAUACUCUGUCAGGAACUGAAUUAAUGGCUUUCAAAGAUCACCACAAUUCUAUUACAUCAAUAUGGGUGGAUCCUUUUCAUGUUGUCACAUCAUCCAUGGACCUCUCACUUCGUGUGUACUCCUGGAAAAAUGACAACAAAUCUUCUUUGCUGAACGGUCGCUACCACUUACUAGGAGGAUCCCACAGAUGGUCAAAUGGCUUUAGAAGUGUGGCUUGUGAUGAUGUGAGCAUUGUUGGUGUGGUGGCUGGAAAUGGAGACAUCUUAAGAGCAUACUGCUUUAACUUGUAAGACAUGUUGUUUCUCUCCUUUUACAGUCUCAUGUUAGUUUUGUUUGCCUGUCAAUUAACUCUAAAGUGAAUUCAUCAUCACAUGAUGCAGCCCAUGUGUAAUCUAGAGACAAAAUGUCAGUAUGAUUUAUAACAUUUUAUGCCACUUGAAAACAAAAGCAUGCAGUGAAAUCCAAGCUUAGAUGUUUUUAUAUCAACAAUAAACUAUUUAAGUGGUG